GCAAAACGAUAUUGAGCAAUCUGGACACCCAAUACCCCCUGGUAGGUGACCUAGUUUUAAAACCGAUCCAGUAAAUGACCCAGUUCUGCACCGUUGCUACAACAACCGAUUACAGCGCAUUCAGCGGCUCGAGCUGUCGUCCUGAUUUUAACCGUUUUAUUUUGCACACAGACCCAAGGAUGCCCCCAAAACCGGUAGCUAAGAAGCCAGCGGCAAAGCCAGCUGCUAAAACUGCAGUAUCAGGUGCUAAACCUGGUGCUAAACCAGCAGGGGCAAAAACGACAACAAAACCCACUGCUAAACCAGCUCCAAAAGCUACUGAAACAAAACCUGAAGCUAAGAAAGAACCAGAAAAAGUGGCAGAAGCCCCGCCAGCAGGUAUAAACAUAAACAUAAAAGAAUUGGCUGGAGUUCUAUUUGCAGAGGAAAAUAAUAAAGUCCGAGCAUCUGGAAAAUGGCCUCUUCUAGUUGAUCCAUCAGGAAUCUCAGGGACCUUUCUCAAGUACCGGCAUGUCAACUACAUUGAUGCCUUUAACCCCAGUGAAAUGGAACCAGACAGAAUCAGAAUGGCCCUGCUAGGAGCACUGAAGUUUGCCAAAGCCUUAGUUGUGGAUAUGAAUGAAGUGGACAUGUUUGAUACUGUGGUUACAAGAUUUGAAGAAAUACAAAAGGGACUUAUGGAUAAGAUUAUGGACCAAAGCAUCUUAACCAUUGACACUUACAAGAGCCUCAUGAAGGAUGGUGAUCCACCAGAAUUUGAAGUCGACCCACAUAAGACCUACCUGAUGGAGGAAACCAUGAAGCAGUUCAUGUUCAUCCUCAUUACCAAGAGUCCAGAACCAUCUCUGGAACUAAAGAAGAAAAUGUUUGUGGUAACAAUAGGAUAGAGAGAUCAGACUGGUGCAUUGUGUUUUGCAAAGUCUUCUGAGUGGUGAAAACAGUAUUAUAUUCUAGUUUCUCU